GAAGAAGAAUUUUCAAUACAAUAAAUUUGAUCUCUAACUCUUCUGUCUCGAUCUGGAUCGGACUUGGUAGAUCCAUCGGAAUCAAAUGGCCCCGGUAUCGGCUCUAGCUAAGUACAAGCUCGUCUUCUUGGGAGAUCAGUCUGUCGGUAAAACCAGUAUCAUCACCCGCUUCAUGUAUGACAAGUUCGACAACACCUAUCAGGCUACUAUUGGUAUCGAUUUUUUGUCAAAGACAAUGUAUCUUGAAGACCGCACUGUUCGAUUGCAACUCUGGGAUACUGCUGGACAGGAAAGAUUUAGGAGUCUCAUUCCAAGCUAUAUCAGGGAUUCCUCUGUAGCUGUCAUUGUAUAUGAUGUUGCAAGCAGGCAAUCAUUUCUAAAUACUGCCAAGUGGGUCGAGGAGGUUCGUACUGAACGAGGGAGUGAUGUUAUCAUUGUACUUGUUGGAAACAAAACGGAUCUUGUAGAGAAAAGGCAAGUUUCAAUAGAGGAAGGAGAAGCCAAAUCGAGUGAACUCAAUGUUAUGUUUAUUGAAACUAGUGCCAAGGCUGGUUUUAACAUCAAGGCAUUAUUCCGUAAGAUUGCUGCUGCCUUACCAGGGAUGGAAACACUCUCCUCAACGAAACAAGAGGACAUGGUCGACGUCAAUCUCAAGCCUUCCAAUGCAAAUACAUUGCAAUCUCAACAACAGUCAGGCGGAUGUGCUUGUUGAUUUUACCCAAUUGAAUUCAAGCUGUAGUGUCUAUUGCACCAUUUAGAUCCUGUUCUCUGUAAAGCUAAGCCCCUGCUUCACCUUCCAUUUUUUUUUUAAUAGAACUUGGAUUGUUGGUAUAAUGUUGAUUGUUAAAAAGGUUUAGGAGGCCCUUGUUGGGCUAUAAAGAAUAUAGAAACUGAAGAAACUAUUUGGGAAAAAGUUCACUUGUGAACUCUUCACAUAAAAUGGUUAUUUUUCAAUAUAGGCUAUGUGGUUGACCUUA